AAGUGGAAGUCAACUGAAUUCUCUCAUGCUCUGCUGAGACGAAAUGACAUUCAUGUUUGCAGUGAAUGGAAGUCAUGGCAAUGUGUAACAUGGGAGGGAAAGGCACGAAUGGACCAUGUGGCGUGACUCAUUCAGACUGCAGCUCUUCUGCCUGCUCAUGGUAGUGCUGGCUGUUGUGGUGCUGGUCCAUAACUUUUUUCAGUUAGAGCACCUGGAUGAUGACACAGUUUCAGGAUCGAAUUGGAUUACAGAAAACAAUGUCCAGAAGUCUCUGUCACAGACAACCAAAACCACCGGGAAGCCUUACUGUGGGUACAUGCAGCAGAGCUUGUCCAAAAGGGAACAAGUGGAGCAGGAAUUGUUGCUUGCUGCAAUACAGUGGCCAAAGCCCCCUGAUGGCAAAAUCGCCUUUGCACAAAGCACUGAUCCUACACACAGUGACUUUGUGAUUGUGAAACCCAGGAGGUUCUUCAAGGUGGGUGAUCAGUUAGAGGUACUCGUUCGUAUGAAGGAUUUCCAAGGAAAACCCAAGCAGUAUGGUGGAGACUAUUUACAGGCACGAAUUCACUCUCCUGGGCUGAAAGCUGGAGCAGCAGGAAGGAUUGUAGAUUGCCAUAAUGGCUUUUACAAAGUCUUCUUUACCUUGCUUUGGCCAGGAGAGGUCAAAGUUUCUGUGUCACUUGUCCAUCCGAGUGAAGCAAUCCAAGUCCUACUGCGUUUACGAGAGGAAAGGCCAGACAGAGUCUAUUUCAAAAGCUCAUUCAAGUCUGGGAGGUAUUCAGAGACUACAGAGUGCAAUGUUUGCUUGCCUGGAGGUCUCCCAGUCUGUAACUUCACAGAUCUCUACACGGGUGAGCCAUGGUUCUGUUACAAGCCUCGAAAACUGUCCUGUGCAAGCCGCAUCAGCCAUGCCAAAGGUGGAUAUCUGAAAGGCCUUCUGACACAAGAGGAAAGCCUCUUUUUCCAAAGUGACAUGAAUAUCAAAAGGCCAAUACUCUCCAGUGGACCUGAUUCAGUCAUUGUAAAGCCCAAGGCAUUUACAGAUUCAAGCAGUAUGGGCAGAGCUGAAGAUCCCACAGCUUCCCCUUCUGGUUAUUAUUAUGAAGACCAGUGGAGGUCCAGAACACAUUGGAUCCAUAAUUUUAACAAAUCAGAUGACAUAACCGAGUGCUUACAAGGAAAAGUAAUCCACUUGUUUGGAGACUCUACAAUAAGGCAGUGGUUUGAAUAUUUGACAGCAUUUGUUCCAGAUCUAGUGGAAUUUAACCUGGGGAGCCCUAAGAACGUGGGCCCUUUCAUGUCAGUGGACCUGAAGCACAAUAUCCUGCUGAAAUUCCGUUGCCACGGGCCACCCAUCCGCUUCUCCACAGUGUUCAGCAGUGAGCUGCGCUACAUCGCCAACGAGCUCAACAGCAUCGUGGGCGGCAGGAACACAGUCAUAGCCAUAACCAUAUGGUCCCACUUCAGCACCUUCCCCGUGGAAGUGUACAUCCGACGCCUCAGAAACAUCCGCAGAGCCGUUAUCCAGCUGCUGGACCGCAGCCCCAAGACUUCAAUCGUUAUCAGAACCGCAAAUGUUCAGGAGCUUGGGCCAGAAGUGAGCCUCUUCAACAGUGACUGCCCAAGUACAGUAGCUCUUUUGAGCUGUGGAAUGAGGCUGGAUGAUAUGGAGGAGCUCUGGGUACUAUACUCGCAUGCAGGGUAAGUAGGGUGGCCUUAAAGUCUGGGUAGCUGUGAAGGGUGGUAAAGAGGAGCUGACUCUUCAGGCCAUAUCUUCCUGCAAGGUUGAUUCCUUCAAGCUUAUCAUUCAUACCUGAGAUUAUUAGAGAGCACCUUAAAUUAAAUUGGCAGGGUUCAAUAAGAGACUAUUUGGGUUAUUAGCUUUACUAGUUAUCUGCGCUGUAUGCCUAAUUUAAUCUGUGUUGACACUGAUUCUGUUGCCAGGAUAUUGUUGCUCAGAACAGCGUGUGAAACCUGGAAAGGAUUUUGGGAAUGGUCUUUCUCUCAGCAUUCCAGAGCUUAAGGGAUGCCUCUUCCAGUUGUGUGUCAGAGAAGCACAGUGUCUGUUCUUGUUUCAAAGUCCUAAUUAGAAAUGUGAAGGGAAUGUACCAAAGUCACCAAUAAAGAAGCACAAUCACAAUAUCUGUAGAAUUAAGUCAUGAGGAAUUUGCUGAAAUUUGAUCGAGCACCCUAGUUAGGUACCUUUGUUGUUUACAGAUAGCUGCUAAAUAGAGCAAAUAGCUGGUAUUUUAGUUUGGUUUCUUGUACUACUGAAUUUCCUUUGAGCUUUGAUACACUGUGUACUUCUUGAUUUAUCGUUAGCAACGAUAUGUGUGUUUUAUGACCUCAGUGAAACCACUGUCUCAGGCAGUUUUUGCAAGUUCAAGUUGCAGGCUCGCCUACUUGAAGCUUAAAGUAUUUGCCAGUGAAAGUGUUUCAUUUAGCAGUGAAAGUGUUUCAUUUGCCAAUGAAAGUGUUUCCAUUCCCUGCGAGCUACAGCCGUUCCCUUAUGCUCCUGCGAAGCCAGGUUGCCAACAGC